AUGGAGCAAAUGCUGGAAAAUUUCUUCAGCGAAAAUUUCGAAGACGUGUUUAGUUCUGAAACGUCGCCGUCAGUAAACUCGAUUGAGAGUCCGGAAUUCUUGGCCUCCACUCCGCUUUAUGAGGGAGUAGGUGUAGAUUUAUUCUCCAAAUACAUGGUGGAACUCGACGGCCCCAAAGACCCGUUCAAUCUGAUGUCAUCUGAACAAAUUUUUGUUUCUUCAAAGGCCGAAAUAAUAAUUCCAGCGUCUGAUCAACAAGAAAGUUACGCAACGCGCGAAAUAAUAAUCCCGGCUUCCGUUCAACAAGAAUAUCAACCUGAACAACAACUAAUAUUCAUGGAGCCCGAAAAUCGAGAUCAAAAACAGCUGGAACACGGGCGGCAAAAAAAACGUAAAGCUUCUGCUGAUAUAGUCAAUUCAAACGACCGUUUCGAAGCGGAAGAUGACGAAAGAAAAUUAAACAAACGUGCAAGACAAUUGGAAAAUAAUCGUGCAGCUGCCAAAAAAUCACGUCAAAAGAAGAAAAGCGCGUUAGAAAAACUCAAUUCACGAUGUGAAGAGCUCCAGAUAUUAAAUGAUUUACACAGACAAAACUUGGAAGAAGUUUACAAAGAAUUCUUUAAUCUCCGAAGUCAAAUUAUGUGUCCGUGUGGCGCCAGGGAUUUCCUAAAUAAAUUUAAUAAUAAACCGGGAAACAGUUUGUUUCUACCCAUUUCAAAAAACCCAUUCAUCCCACACGAGACCACGACUCACACUUAUACAACACAAGCUCACCAUACAAAUGCAUUCUCUACGAUAUCCACUGGUUCUUCCACUUACGAACCGACAACAAACUCUUUAUGUAUGGAUGCUAAUACUCAAAAAAAGCCUCGUGGUAGAAAAAGAAAUAUUUCAGUUGACUCAUCAAUAGGCCGAACAGAAUCAGCAGCAGUUGAAGAUCCACCCCUACUUCAAAUAAAUAAUAAUGUCAUUACACCUAAUGAUCCGAAAUCCAAUGAUGCUAUAAAUCGAAUACCAGAUUUCGAUAAUAACCAGUUUAGCUCUGCCCCGAUCACUUAUACUGGUAUCGAUAACAAUACUAUUAUCUCUGGAUCCACCGCUCCUCCUAAUAAUAUAAAUAUGUCAAGCCCAUCCGUGGUUGAUAUUGCAACAGUCAACACUACUUCAAGAGAAAAUGAACAAUCGAUAUGCUGCUCAAAUAAUCAUCACAUAUCAUCAGCAAUACCCAGGAAUACUUCAUAUGCUGCCGAUGUCUGCUCUCUUCCUCAUCAAACAACAACAGAUAUUCCAUCUUCAACAAUUAACAAUAAUGAAUCUACAGCUCGAUUAUCAGCAGAAAAUUUGGGAGACUUCAGGAACUUGGAAUCAUCUUCGAAUUAUGCUUUAUAUGCAGCACAAGUAUCAUCACCUUCCUCC